AGGGGCCGCCCCUGGCUGUGAAGGCUCAGCGGGCAGAGAGGGCGCUCGGAGUCCAUCGCCUCCGGGCUGCUGGCACCUCCUCGGCGCCUCCACCCUUGCGGGGCCUCAGGCGGGCAGUCAGCGCUGAGAGACCGUCUACAGCAGGACGAGGCUAGCAGAUGCAGCGUUAGUGUUAAGCUCCCUGAGGUCGGUCGAAAAUGGCGAGCAGCAAUGGCUGGUUUGAGGGUGCAACGAUGCUCACCUCCCACGCCGCGCCUGAGAAGAUUUUACCACCCGAGGUUCUCAGACAUCGAAUUUCAAAGGAUCUCUCCGAGCCUAUGACUGCAAAGCUGAAUCCUCCACCUGGUAUGGGGUGCAGUGAACCGGGGGUGAUGAAAAAUCCAGGACCUUUCCUUUUCAAAGGAGUAGACACCACCACAUUUUCAGCCCUUCCCUCACAGGAAGACCUGGAUUUGAUUGAAAGAUACAAACAGGGAGUAAUAAACUCACUAUCUGCCUUGCAUCUGUUUGCCAAAAUACACCACCUGCAGCUUGAAUUGAAAGAAACGAGUGUGGCAGGUGGUGUCAUAAGGCCUUAUUUUGCCUUUUGUGCUGUGAUAAAUGGUGUGUGCUACAGCACUGGGCUGGGAAAGAACAAGAAGGAAUCUAAAUUAAAUGCAGCUAAACUGGCUCUUGCUGAGCUACUUAACGUGGAGAAUACAGGGGCAAAGUCUUCUGAAGAUUCAGAUUUUCCCUGUGUGCCUGCUGAGCUCCGACCUCCAGCAAACUCUGCUUGUGUUUCAAGGACUGGAGGAGAGCGUAUCUAUCAAAAACUCUCACAAACACUUGAAGAAGUGUUUAACCGCCUGACUACCGAACACCCCGAGUACCAAAGCUGUGGCAGUUCCCUGGCUGCCUUCAUCAUUGAAAAGGGUGGGCAUCAUGAAGUGGUAGCUCUGGGGACAGGAGAAUGCAACUACAGCCGGCGCUUUGAGUCCUGUGGAAGGCUCUUGCAUGACAGCCAUGCCAUUGUCACUGCCAGGCGUUCCCUGCUCAGGUAUUUAUAUAGGCAUCUUUUGCUGUUCUAUAGCAAAAAUGCAGGCAAGGCAGAGAGAUCCAUAUUUUGCACAGCACCAGGCUCAAAGCUGCUUACCCUAAAGCAGAAUAUAACCCUCUCUCUCUACAUGAACCAGCUUCCAAAAGGAACUGCUCAGUUAAAGUCAGAGCUGCAUCUCGGUCCCCAGUCUCUAUCUGGUUAUGAAGCCAGUGAAGAACUGUGUCUGCAUGUUGCCCUAGAAGGCAGGAUUUACCUGGCUGUUUGCUGUCCCCGCAAGACUGUCAGAGUGAGCAGCAUGUCAGCUGCUGACAAACUGGCAAAGUGGGAGGUGGUUGGUCUUCAGGGAGCCUUGCUGAGCCACUUCAUCAAACCCAUGUACAUCAGCAACAUUCUUGUGGGAAAUGGAAGUUGUAAGGAUAUAAAAGGACUGGAUGUAACCAUAAAGCAGCGUCUUAAUGAUGAACUUGUAUCAAAGCUUCCCGUGCCUUACCUGGUCAACAGAUCUCAUAUUUACUUGGUGAAAGCUGCACUGCCAGUCCAAAAGGAUUUAAACCAGUGGUCGCUUAGUUUGAAUUGGACAUUGUCAGAUGCAUCCCUGGAGGUUGUGGAUGGAUUAAGUGGGAAAACCACUGAAAGCUCCCCAUUCCGCAGCGGCACCUGCCUGGCCAGUCGCCUGUGCAAGGCCGCCAUGUUCAGCCGCUUCAGUAUGCUCGCCAGGGAAGCUGGACGGGAUGAUUUGCUGCAGUUUGCAACAUACCAUGAGGCAAAGAUUAAAUCUCAGUUGUACCAAGAAGCUAAAAGCUUGCUGCAGAGCUACUUAGAGGAGCACAGAUAUGGAUCAUGGAUUGUGAAGUCUCCACAUAUUGAACAAUUCAGUGACUGAUGGAGGUGGAUUGGAUGUGACGUCCGUUUGAAUGAUGUUUCAGUAAAUAUAGUUCUGAUUAGUAAAAUAUUCAACUUUAAGUUCAUAGUCAUAGGAAGAAAACAAUUCCAGAACUGCUUCUUGCUAGUUUAAAUGCAGUUAGUAAACCAUGUGUAACAGUUCAGUCUUUUCCCAAAAUUGGUGUUUCUUCUUAGGGUGGGUGUGUCCAACAUGUUUGUAAAUCUUUGUUCUGCUCUGCCACCCCAGUGCCACCUCAUUUCAGCUCCCUUACCCCCACUCCUACAAAUCCCCACCCCAUGGAAUGAACAUGUUUUUUUUCCUGAUAGUUUCAGGAUUUCUGCAUGUUGAUUUCUGCUUUUUCCUGCCUUUUUCAUAACUUUAGAAAAGAAAAAAUAUCAGUAAAAGCUGGGUUUCUUACCCAAAAAAAGCAUACGCACAAGAGUCUUUCAGAAACAAAAAUUGGCAAUCUGUGCUGUAUCUGUAGGCAUCCAUCCUUUGCUAAGAGUGUUGUUUCGUGUGGAUUUGCCAAGUGGCUUGUAGUUUAUGUUGUUCUAGAAGAGUUAAAUAGUAAUUAGUGUACUUACAAAUGUGCAACCUGGAAUGAACCUGGCUGUCACAAAACUCACCUGUUUUGUGACAAUUGCUGUGUUUGAUAGUGGGUUUAAAGCAUUAUACAGGUGUCAAAGCUGUAAAUAAGAAAAUAAUGCAAUGUACUACAGCAGUCACCGUAAACAAGGUUUUUUCAGCUUUUGUGGGCUGCAUCAAACCCCAUCAAUGUUAAUGCUUGUGGAUGAGUUGGACUCCUGCACCCACAGAUGACUUCAUCACUGCACUGACAAGGCCUUGCGAAGUUGUCCGCGUACACAGUAACCGGGAAAAUAGUGCCUGUCACAAGGGAAUUUGCUUCCUUGUAAUUCUGGUAAGAACAUGGUAGCAUUGGGAGGGUGUUGUUAAGGUGCCAUGGUUGGAGUUGGUGUGAUGCUGUGAAACACUGGUGUGUUCAAGCUAGACAAUACACCUGGAUUAUGUUCCUUGAUUUCUGUAAAUCAUGCAAGGGUGGGAAGUUAUGCAGUGUUCUUAUACAUCAGGAAUAGCGAGUGUAGUGCUGUAGUCAUGUUUUGCCUUAUUAGUGUUCCUCCUCCUGCUAUUUUUUUUCCUUAAUCUGUUUUUCUAACUAGUAUGUGGAGUCUUCUGUGGAGAUGAUCUUAAUGCUGAUUUACAAGUUGUUGAAACUCGCUGACUUGUUGCUACUUGUUCUUCGACCUUUUUUUGGCUUACCUGCUCUCUUGUUUUCUGUUACUUCAACUUGGGAGGUUGUGUGGUGGUUGUUGGUUUUUUGUAGCAUGUGCUACACAAACUGCUUGUUCCAUGUAGUGUUUUCUUGCUAAGAAUGCUUGGGAAUGGCCAUCGUAUUCCAGGCUAGAGCAUGGUGUUGCCUUUUUGUAGGAGUGUUAAAAGUUCAAUAAAUGUCCUUGACAAUG